UGAAUGGAGUAUAGAGACCGCUUAUGUUCUAUUUAAAUAACGGUUGCUGUUUUCGGCAGCUCUCAACGGAAGCUGUCUACGGAAGUGCUCAGAACUUUAAAGGCGGAUGCGGAACUAUUCUUGAUUUGUCAUGUUUCUUUCGGAAAGAAACACACAAACAAGCACCUGCGUUUCGCGGGCUGUGUCGAGCACAAGCUAGGACCUUCUGUUUUCAUCUGACCGUGAUGCAGCGCGGGUGGCUUCAUUCAGGUCCGCUGCUGUGGCUCCAAUACGUGGACAAAAACGUGAAGUUAAAGGUGGGAAAACACGAGGAGCACCGCGGCUGGCUGCUGACCGUAGACCCGGUGUCCGCCAGCGUGGUCUUGGUGAACUUCAGGGAGGAUGGAGCAUCCGUUCGUGUGGUGAUGGGCCAUGCAGUGGAAGAUGUGGAAGUUCUGCAGGAGUCGGAUCCAGAGACAGCAGAGCGCCUCCGCCUCUUCCUCCUUCCUCCUACAACCUCCAGUCUGGACCCGGAGGAGCUUAGCAGGAGGAGGAUGGGGGUCUACAGGUGGCUAGAAAAGAACCGGGUCCCUGUAGAAGAGGAUGGUGACAGUCUUAGGGUGGCAGGGGCUCUAACCAUUUUGGCUCCGUACAGACCCGAGGACUGCUGCAGCUCAAACCAGAUCAUCCUGGACCGCAUCCAAAGACUGAUCCAGUCCCAGCCACACCUUCUUAAAGUCGAUCCAGGUUUCGACUCAAUCCAAAUACUUCCAGGUUUUUCUGGAUCUCAGGAACUUUGAUUGACGUCCCAUUUGUCCCUGAAGCUCUGCUCACCUUCAAAUCAUGAAAUGUUCUUGAAAUUGUUUAAGAAUUAAAACAAGUUUGCAAUUAAAAGCUGAACAAUA